AUGUCUACUACAAAUGGCACCAUUCGAGUUAUGGUAGAGGAAGACGAUAACCUCCAGAGGUCACCAUCACCAUCUACUGCAUCAGCUUCAACAUCAUUUUCGGAAUUAUCCCCUGUACCAGUAGAACAGAACCACUCUAAUAAUAAGAACAAGAAUAAUAAGAACAACAAGAAUAAGAACAAGAAUAAUAAGAACAAGAAUAAUAAGAACAAGAAUAAUAAGAACAAGAAUAAUAAGAACAAGAAUAAUAAGAACAAGAAGAAUAAGAACAAGAAGAAUAAGAACAAGAAGAAUAAGAACAAGAAGAAUAAGAACAAGAACAAGAAGAACAAGAACAACAAGAAGAACAAGAACAAGAACAAACAAGAAGAACAAGAACAAGAACAAGAACAAGAACAAGAACAAGAAGAACAAGAAGAACAAGAAGAACAAGAACAAGAAGAACAAGAACAAGAACAAGAAAGAAAACAAGAAGAACAAGAAGAAGAAGAAGAACAAGAAAACAAGAAGAACAAGAAAGAACAAGAACAAGAAGAACAAGAACAAGAAGAACAAGAAGAAGAAAACAAGAACAAGAAGAACAAGAACAAGAAGAAGAAGAACAAGAAGAAAGAAGAAGAAGAACAAGAACAAGAACAAGAAGAACAAGAAGAAGAAGAACAAGAAGAAGAACAAGAACAAGAAGAACAAGAAGAAGAAGAACAAGAAGAACAAGAACAAGAACAAGAACAAGAAUAA